AAUAGUACAAGAACAUGUUUGUUUGUGCCACCUCCUCUCUCUCCUCACUCUGUUUUUCAUCUUUCUCUAUAGAGAGAGAGAGAGAGAGAGAGAGAGAGAGAGAGAGAGUAUCCAAGAUGAAGGGGGAGAUGAGCAGGCUUCAACCUCUGAUAUCUUUUCUUCUGGGGGCAGCUAUGGCUGCUGCUCUGAUACUGUUCUACAUCUCGGCUGAUCCGGGGCAGCGACCAGUCGAGAUAUCGACUUGGAUCAAUGCCAGUACUUCAACAGCUUCUGCUGAUCAAGUUGAUGAAACAAACAUGGCUUCUACAAAAAAGCUUAAUGAAACCAACUUGGCUCCUCCUGAAAUGCAGGACACAACAUCACAAGAUCUGGCCCAGCUGCUGAAGAACGCGGCGAUGGACGACGGCACGGUGAUCAUGACCUCGAUCAACGAGGCGUGGGCGGCGCCAAACUCCCUCCUCGACCUAUUCCUCGAGAGCUUCCGCGAAGGCGAAGAGAUACAGCAUCUCCUAGACCAUGUCCUCAUCGUGGCAAUGGAUCCAAAGGCUUUCGAGAGGUGCAGGUCACUGCACCCUCAUUGCUACUUCCUCGAGACGCGCGGCGCCGACUACAAGUCGGAGAAGAUCUACAUGACCAAAGACUACCUUGAGAUGAUGUGGGGCAGGAACAAGUUCCAGCAAACCAUUCUCGAGCUCGGCUACAACUUUCUUUUCACGGAUGUGGACAUAUUGUGGUUUCGGAAUCCGUUGAGACACAUCGCGAUCGCAUCUCACAUCGCGAUAUCGAGUGAUUUCUUCGUGGGGGACCCCGACAGUCUGGUGAACUUCCCCAAUGGAGGGUUCCUCUACGUCAGGUCCUGCGAAAGGACUGUCGAGUUCUACAAGAACUGGCAGCUGUCCAGAGAUAAAUAUCCGGGCAAGCAUGAGCAGAAUGUGUUCAAUCUGAUAAAAGGCGAGUUAUCGGCCCGGCUGAAAGUGAAGAUACAAUUCUUGGACACUGCUUACUGCAGCGGAUUCUGCCAACUCGCGAAAGAUCUGAACAGGGUCUGCACGGUGCACGCGAACUGCUGCAUCGGGCUCGCGGGCAAGCUGCAUGAUUUGAGGAGUGUUCUUCAGGACUGGAAGAAGUACAGGGCUGGGUCUCUCGCAGAGAGAAUGACGGGGAAGUUUCAGUGGACAGUUCCUGGCAUAUGCAUUCAUUGAUUUUGUCCAGUUUUUUUUUUUUUUUUUUUUUUUUUUUUUUUUUUU